CCUUCACCCACACACGCAUCACACUCACACAAUCAUACCGCACACGCACACCGCAACGAAAACGAACACAUUCAUUUUCAUUCAUCAGAAGAUACCAUCAAUAUAGUAUAACUCGUGUCUGUAAUUAAUGGUAAUUUCCGUAACCAAUAUGACUAGAGCCAAAAUAGAAUUGGGUGACGUGACACCACACAACAUCAAACAAUUAAAACAGUUAAAUACAGUAGUAUUUCCAGUAUCAUAUAAUGAAAAGUUUUACAAAGAUGUCUUGGAGGCAGGAGAGUUAGCAAAAUUAGCAUACUACAAUGACAUUGUUGUUGGCGCAGUUUGCUGUAGAAUUGAUCCCAAUAAUGGAAGGCGGCUGUACAUUAUGACCCUCGGUUGUUUAUCGCCAUACCGACGGCUGGGAAUUGGCUCCACCAUGGUAGAACAUGUUUUAAAUUAUGUUGAAAAGGAUGGAAACUUUGAUAGUGUCUAUUUACAUGUUCAACUAAACAACGAUGGAGCAAUCGAAUUCUACAAAAAAUUUGGCUUUGAAAUUGUAGAGACAAAAGAGCAUUACUACAAAAGGAUUGAACCUGCAGAUGCGUAUGUUCUAGAAAAAAAUUUGCGGCUUAAAAUUAAGUAAGGAACUGUACCCAAUCCCAAUGCAAAUUCCUUAACUUAUCUCAUUCGCCGCUUUACAUCUGCCCAUUUUCAUCCUGCAAGUUUCAUUUGCAAAUCAUGAUCGGAAUCUGAGUUUUUGGACUUGCAAGACUCUUAAUUUGUUACUUAUUUGUAUGUGUUUUUACUCUUGAACAAAUUUAAUCCUUAAGAAUUGUACUCUAGCAGUUCUUACAAAGAACUGAUUUUAUAGACUUCAGAAGGAAUCUUGAUCCUCUAAAAUGGAUUAGGACAACCUAUUGCUGAGUCUUUUGGUCUACAUCCUCUGAAAACAUGAAACAUUUUCUCACGUCAGUCACUGAAAAAUUCUAUCACUAGCCUAGGUAAAUUCAUCACUAUAGCUUCAAAGCUCAUAGUUCUCAUUUCAAUUUUGUUUUUGUUUUUUGAAAGGAAAAUUUUCUUCCUCCAACUUUGUAUUCAAUACUUUUCUCUUGAGUCAUUCAGAAGCUUUAAAAUUGACAGUUUUGAUUUCUUCUGAUUUUACUAAGCUACAAAGAUCCAGUGAAUAAAGUUAAAAUCUCUGACCAGCUGUAUUAAUUUUACAGUCGAAGCCAAUUUAAAAAAAAAAAAAAUUAUCACCAAAUCAAUAUCAGCUUCAGCUGCUAUCAAAAUCAGCUUUGAUAUUUGAAGAGCGGAAAUUCAAAACUUUGUAAGUGAUGUCAGGAGUUGCAAAGAAAGCAUGCUGUUUCUCACUCUGAAAGAACUUCAAUGUCUUUGCUUUAUUGAAUUUUUAUCAAGACAUUUGCCCCAUAUGUAUUUUGGUCUCAUCUCCAUGAUAAAAAUUGUUGUUGUCAGGCCACCAUAUUCUGAUAAAAUGACUAAACAAUUGUGCUAUCUUACCAACACCUAAUGUCGCUCAUCAAGUUUCGAGUUUCCGCACUUCGUAUGUAGAAUGGGCCUGUUGCUCGCAAGAGACACAGCCAAAUAAUUUUACUUUUUACAGGUAAAAUCGCAUGAAAUUAACGUUCAGCACAUUCAAAAGUUCUGAGAUCCAUUCCUUAGGGCAUAAUCUGCGAAGUUUGUAACAUGCUUUUUCAAGUAUCCUCCAUCUGCGGGCAGUUUUUUUUCAGUCACCGCCAACCAGGUUUGCUCAGGCAGAGGAGUAAGAAAAAUUGACCUGAGGAAACAAACGAUUUAACUAUUUUUUUCUAUUUUAGGAUCUAAAUUGUUUUCAAGCAUUUGUUUUCUUUUGCUUUCUUAAUUCUGCAAAAACAAAAUCUUUGAAUCAAUUGAAAUCUUACGCAAGGAGAAUUUCUAACAGUUUGCGAGAUUGUUUACUUAGGUUAGGUCUCUCUCUGGGCAAACCUGACUGCGAACCACCAAGAAAAACUGCCUGGAUGUGUGCAAAAAUUGAAGAGGCGUGUUACAAACUAUGCAGAUUGCACGCCAAGGAGUGGAUUUCACACUUUUUUGAUGUGCUCAAAGUGAUUUUCGAGGGAAUUUACACUUGGCGUGCAUAUUCAGUUGGCUGUAUCUCUUGCAGGCAACUGACUCAUUGUCCUCCACAUGACUAUGAGUCAAAAUGAAAAGUCCUAGGGCUGACAAAGAAUCUUCAGGAUUGCUUUUCCCCAAAAAAACCUGAAAUCUAUACGGAGUCUUAUCAGACAAAAUAAUUAUCAUGCAAUCAAGGAAAAAAUAAAUUUGAGGAUAUUAUUGAUAAAAUUACAAAAUUAAAUCAUGUUUCUUUCGAGUACUGAUAAAAGGCCACGUUCAUUGAAAAGGAAUCAUUCAAGGAAAGAUUCGAAUGACACACAUAUUUUACAUAUCAGGAUCCAUUUAUACGAUUUAAGGUGUUCUAAGUCCUGAAAAUAAGCAAAGAAUAACCUUGCGUUAGAUGAACCACUUGAACAUUCCUCUCAUCGAAUAUAACGCAAUUGUUGUUGUCUUGUGGUGUAUCUUGUUCAUAUCAACUCUUGCUUUACACCCAUUCUGUUUUUCCGAGCCCUACUAGUUGCUUGUUGAACCAAUCGAAAUGAAAGUCAGAGAUAUGCAUAAUCUCAUCAUAAAGGUGCUCGAUCAUUCAUUCACAAGUUCUUAUGCAUUGAUAGGUGAUUGGUCACAAGUGUGAAUUCGAUGUUAGACUACAAUAAUUGUGACUAUGAAUGAUAGAAAUUAUUUUUGUCAUUUACACUUACAUCAAGACGCCUUUUUUUUCUUUUUUACCACUCGCAUCAAGACAUUAUCAGCAUUAAGGGGUUUUAUUAUUCAUCACAUUUGCUCCUUGGUAAUCCAUACACUAAUUUAAUGGCUACGCUAUUGUUUCAUAUUGCAGUUUUGAUGGUUCAAAUGUAAACUUACACAUGUAGGGAAUAGAGGCCAAACAAAUCUCAAAAAACAGACACAUAACCUUUUGGUAUUAGCACAGUUUGUAAUAAAAUGCGUCCAGGUGUUUCUUGCUGACAAUAUUUUUCGUGUUUAGUGAGCCAUUUAUUGAUUUAUGACUUGUUAAUGACGAAAUUUUAAAAAAUGAACACAGUCAAACAGAAUUUGGCCCUGAGAUUAUGUUUGAUUGUUUUGAUUUGAAUCAUCGCAAUUAUCACAGAUAGCGCUGAGCACUUCUACAGUAGAUUGCCCAUUUUCAAUAAAACACAAAAAAUUAUACCAUGAAUCGCCAAUGAAUAAGUUGAAUACUGCAAGAAUAACGUAGCCACUAAUUCAGUCGAUUACCAUUAAUGUUGCAGUGUCAGCUGCGACAGUGAUAUUAUUUUACAUUAGACUUAUAGCACUUAGCUGUGAAGACUGGCGUCACACUUAAACUAGGGUUCCUUCUCUCACUGAAAUUCUGGCGAACCUUACAGAUUUCUUGAUAUACCCUGUUUUGAUUUACUCAUUCCAUCAGAUUUCAGCAAAUGAAUUUCCCUCCGAUUUUGGUCAAGACCAAGGGAAUGUUCUGCAUUUUAUUUCCUAGUUCUGUCCAGAUCAAUUCUUCCAUGUCACAAUCAAUUGACAGGUGGUGGCUACUUUAUCGAUGUAAGAGUCUUAGAAUGGAAGCCGUAACUUUCUUUCUAUCUCUUGUUUUUUCACUAAUGUAAUUAAUGUCGAGAACUGUCGGUACCUAUGUGUUUAAAUUUAAGUUCGUUACCACAAAUAAAUUGGUUUAAUCUAA